AUGCCACCCUCAAAACAUGACCACGGAAUCUCAUCGUCCAUUCUUUUGGCUACCAUGGCUGGAGGAGAUGAGCAGCAGGGACUCAGGCGUUUGCCGCCGGGUCCCACAGGGAAAGAACCGACACCUUUGCUGCGUGGUAUUAUCAACGGGGCGGCUUUUGUUUUCAAUGGGGGGGCUUUUGCCGCCUGGUACUUCUUGGAUGUUUUCAAACGCGUCAUCUUACUCUUGCGCAUCCCUCUUUCGGCUCUUAUUUGCCUGUGGAUCCUCGCAUUUCUAGUCGGCUUGAUGUCUCACACCGUCAGCGCUAUGUUGAGUCCUUUUUGCUUUGUCCCAGGGCUCAGCGGCUCCUUUCUGUGCGCUCCUUCAGGUCCCAUGUCACUGGGACAAGGGCCUCCCAAAUGGGCUGACUUUCCGUCGCUGGUCAAUAUGCAGACUGCGACAAUCGAGCAGCUUCUCGAUGAAUCAAGCUCGGGCUCUGCGCUGGCUCUGCAGAUCAAGAAGGCCAAGAUUGCAACGACGGACCUGGCGACGUUGGUACGAGUGAGUGAGCUGAAGAGUCGCGAGUCCUUGAGUGAUGCACUUCGGGCAUUUGUGGAUGACGCUCGCAAGGCGGUCAGAUCGUUGAAUAAACUCAAUGCCAAGGUGGCUGGAGCAGUUGACGGUAUCACGGCAGUGAAUGAUUAUGCACUUCACAGCAUCCAAGCCGCUGGUGCAUUGUCUUUACUGGAUCGAUUGAAUCCCUGGAUGAAUUCCGACGCGAGGAUCAUUCUGGAGACUUUUGAAGACCUCCUGAACUAUCUUUCCCCCACCCUCCAGCGUCUCGUGCUCGAAUUCGAACUCAAUGUACAAAACUUGUAUAAUCUCGAGUAA